AUGAGUAGCGGAGGGGAGAAGGUAGGAGGAGGGACUGUGAAGACGCCGGCGGACUUUCUCAAGUCUAUUCGGGGGCGUCCUGUCGUCGUCAAGCUGAACUCCGGCGUCGAUUAUAGAGGUACGGUUUUCUUUCUCACACUGACCCAUCCCUUCGCCCGUAUGUUGCGAUAGAACCAAGUUUGGAUUCUAGGGUUUAGGGUUUUGUACUCUUUCUUCUCCCGAAUUUUCUGCGAUUUGUUUCUCGUUGUCACUCUGUUCGUGGCCCUAGAAGGAUUUCUUCCUGGGAAUCCCGGCGCCGCCUCUACCUACAUAAUCUGUGACUCGUCGUUUCCCUUUCUUGUGCUGAUCCCAUCUCCUGGCUGUCGUUGCUGCUUCCGCACUUGCUGGCAGUUUUCCUUCUGGGCAUACUUUUUGGAAGGUGGAUAGUUGAGCAUUUCUGUUGAUAAGUUUUCCCUGGCUUUUUAUCAAAAACAUGCGGCACUAGUCACUUGCAAGGAUUCCAUCAAACUAUGGAGGAAACUGCGACAGUUUUAGCAGUACUUGAAUUGGAUAGGAGCUCACUUCGCAAGGAGGCAUCCAGGGAUUUGGACCUUUCCUUGUUCAAAAGAAAACUAUGUGAUUUUUAUUUUUUGUGAGAAAUAAUUUCUUCGUACAAAAAAUGUUUAUUUUUAUACAAGCUACGUUUCUAGAACUUGGUUAGAUGAGUAGUUUUAUUUUCUAGGAGAAACGAAACAAUUUUUUAGAGGACGACUUCCAUUUUCAGCGGUGUUUAAGAUUAAGCAUAAAGUUUGCCAACCAUUGGUCUAGAUUAGAAAAUGUGCGUGGUUGUUCCUCCUGGCCUUCUCUUAGUCUGCUCCGCUGGUUUAUUUGAUUGAGAAAAAUUAUGUCACUGGUGAUCAGAAGCCAAUACAAAGGGAGAAUUUCAUUCCCUACUUAGGAAACAGUUCCGAUGAGAUCCGUUAUGUUGAGUAGGAAACGCAUCAAAUAGCUUCACUUGCAGUUCUUCGGGAUUCACAUAAAAUAUUAAUCAAUAAUUGUACGUGCUAGUAAAUGCAGCAGAGAAUUCGUGUUUUUUUGGAGAAAAGUGUAAAACAAAAAAAAUGGUUUUAUAAAAGUUACUGCGUAUUUUCCUACUCCAAUGAUAUAUUUUAAUGCCAAACAUAUCUAUUCGCUGGGUGGCAAUUUUGAUUGAAGACUAAAUAUCUGUUAAAGAUUUCAACCUUUUCUGAUUCGGGUUUCCAAAUGAUCUGGAGCUUCCUGGAUCCCCAUGAAUGAGUGGAUAUUCAGAAAUGUAAACAUGCGGGAUAUAUGGGGAUUGACAGACAGUGAACUUGCGUUUCAUUGGGCAUCCCAUGAAGGAGAAUCAUCAUGAAUUUUGCUCAAGUCUGGGUCCGCUUCAUUGCUGAGGCUUUCUUCAUAUCCAAAGGCGAAACAGGAACUUGAGCAAAUUUAUCCCUUGAAAGUGGGGAUGAUGUUGAAGGUUAUUUGAUUUAGCCUGGCCAUAGGCAAGAGAUCAAGCUUUGACUCCAACUGAUAAUUUAGAUCUUAUCUGAUUUAAUGAUUUUUCUAUCUAAUUUAGGUCUAUGCUAGGGGAAAUAAUGUGGUCUGGCUUAAUAGUAUUCAGCUGACAACAUACCUUUUCUUUCUGAAUAUUUAUUAAUCAAAACUAUAGCCUACAUCUUCAAAUCUUCCUCUGUGAGUCUCUUUGGUAGAGAUUUGUUUUCAUUCAGAAAUUGCUUCCAGGUAAUAGGCUAAGGUUAAUAUCCUCCGAAUUAUAUUUUUCUUAAUAUUUUUAAACUUUAUAGACCUUUCAGUGGUCGGAUUCACAUUUCAUUUAAAGAGUUUUUCUUUUCACGAAUGAUAUUACUUUUUAUUUCAGAAUAAAAAUUGAUUUUAUGGCUAAUAUAUACAUACUUCAAUAAAAAAAACUUCAGAAUUUUCGAUAUGAGUAAAAUUUCUUUGCAUGAUGCCCCAUGCUCCGAUUUACUCGUGGAUGACCUGCUACUGGUUCAAAGAUCCUCAUUACCACUGAAUAAUAUCUUGUAAUAUCAUUUAAUAAUCCUUUGUCUUUUUUUUUUAUUAAGUAAUAUUUCGAUUGAUCGUUAAGCUAAAUUAUAUGUGCAGGGAUUCUAGCGUGCCUGGAUGGGUACAUGAACAUUGCCAUGGAGCAGACUGAAGAGUACGUCAAUGGCCAGCUGAAGAACAAGUAUGGCGAUGCCUUCAUCAGAGGAAAUAACGGUAUAUCCCCUCAACUUGGUGCUAUUUUCAUAUUUGGGUAAAGGAGUUACUGACUUUUGUGUAUAUCAUUUAUAAUAUUGAUGCAGUUCUGUACAUCAGCACUUCAAAGAGGACCCUCGCAGAUGGGGCAUAA